AUGGGUCGUCCGAGGAUCUUGUUCCUGGAUGCCUACGACUCAUUCAGCAACAAUGUCGUGUCGCUGCUGACGACUCUGCUGGAAGCCGACGUCGACAUUCUGCACAUCGACUCACCCCUGUUGGACCCGGCAUCCCCGGAUUUCCAUGACAAGUUCCGCCAGGAACUGCAAUGCUAUGAUGCUGUGGUCUGCGGGCCCGGGCCCGGUUCGCCCACGCUGGAUGCCGACGUCGGGCUGAUACGGCACAUCUGGGACCUCGAGGAUGAGCAUCUUCUCCCGGUCUUGGGGAUAUGUCUAGGAUUUCAGAGCCUCGCCAUCAGCUGCGGUGCUAGUAUCAGGAAAAUCCCCGGCGGCGGACUGCAUGGGAUGAUUCGAGACAUCGAUUUCCGCUCCAGGGAGAUCGCGGGAUCUUCAGGGAACAUAUUCGCCGGAGUCACGCCUUUCAAGGCGACGCUCUACCAUAGCCUGUGUGCGGACAUCGGGCAGGACUCAAUUUCCGAAGCCGAGUGGUCUGAGAGGAGAUGGGCCGGCCUCCCUGAGCUGCCGGACAUAGUGCCAUUGGCCUGGGUGGAGGAGGGGAGGAACGGUGCGUCCGAGCGCAUCCUGAUGGGCAUGAAGCACAGCAGCAAGCCUUUCUGGGGUCUUCAGUACCAUCCCGAGUCCAUAUGCUCGCAGAGCCUCGGUCACCAAGUGAUCAGCAACUGGUUCCGAGAGGCCCUCCUCUGGAGCAAGCAACGUGGGCGGGUGACAAAGUCACGAAUCCCAGACUGUAUCCCUGGAUCGACAAAGCCCAGCCUUCUCAGCCAGGUACAGGCAUCACGGGAUGCUGAACGAGCAGUUGUGUUCGAGGAGACUUUGCCCGAUGAAUUCAACCUAACGGAGUACGGCACCAACGCAACAUAUGCCUCUAAGGUCAUUCAGCUGCCAUCACACGUGGAGGUGCCAGAUAUCGUUGAGCUUCUGCAAAAUGGAGGACGGGAGCACAUUGUACUUGAUUCUGCAAGCGCACAUGCCAACCGCAUUGGCCUUGACGUGCGAGGGCGGUACAGCAUACUUGCUCUCGAUGUCGCAGACUCCCUAAGGCUCGAGUACCAGGCCGGCGCCGCCCAUGUCAAUGCACUUCUACCUGCAUGUGCCAUGAACAAAGGUCACAGCAACAAAGACGUCAAGCUCGGCAAACAUUACACUGUAUGGCAUUUAUUGGCCGAUUUUAUGGAUCGGAGGAAACUAGACAUGCCCAACGCUGAGUCACCAUUUCUGGGAGGGUUUAUGGGAUACAUAACAUAUGAGAUGGGUUUGGAAUGCAUUGAGGUCAAAAUUAAUAGUCCUCGGGGCCACGAGCGGCCGGAUCUGUGCUUCGCAUGGAUAACCAAGAGCAUCGUGGUUGAUCACUUGGAGGGCACCCUCCGCAUCCAAUAUCUGCACACUUCGGUCUCUGAGGCCGACGAAUGGUUGAACUCCACUGCAGACACACUGCAAAAUUCGGCCAUCUGGGCAGAUGGACUGCGGGUCAAUGAUAGCAAACUCAAGGGGGCCAGACACUUCACGCCCCCUAUCACACCCACAGGGCCUAGCGAGCCAGCGAGCAUUGUGACCCCCGAAGCAGGAGAGUACGAAUCCAAGGUCCGCCAAUGCCAGGACUUCAUCGCAGCCGGCGACUCGUACGAGCUCUGCUUGACAGACCAGACCUCCAUCACGCGGUCUGCGAGCCUGCUCGAGGCCCACGGCGUCAUUCCCACCAACAGCUGGGCCCCGAUGAGCGCGACCAAGUCGCCCAGCUCCUGGGCGCUCUACCGCACCCUCCGGGCCCGCCAGCCCGCCCCCUUCGGCUCGUACCUCCGCCUCGGCGGCGCGACGCUGAUCAGCAGCUCACCCGAGCGGUUCCUCGAGUACGGCCGCGCGGGCCUGUGCUCCAUGCGGCCGAUGAAGGGCACCGUGCGCAAGUCGGACGCCGUGGCCACGCUGCGCCAGGCCGAGCACAUCCUCCACAUCCCCAAGGAGGAGGCCGAGAACCUCAUGAUCGUCGACCUCGUCCGCCACGACCUGCACUCCGUGUGCGGCCCGGGCAACGUGCGCGUGCCGCAGCUGAUGAAGGUCGAGGAGUAUGCCAGCGUGUUCCAGAUGAUCAGCGUCGUCGAGGGGCAGCUGCCGGCGUCCACGAAGGGAGGAGGAGGCGACGGCGGCGGUGGUGGCAGGUACACGGGUCUCGACGUGCUGGCGGCCUCGCUCCCGCCCGGCAGCAUGACGGGGGCGCCCAAGAAGCGCAGCUGCGAGAUCCUGCAGGAGCUCGAGGGCGGCCGCCACCGCGAGCGCAGUCUGUACUCGGGCGUCGUCGGCUACACGGACGUGACGGGGCGCGGCGACUGGAGCGUCACGAUCCGCAGCCUGUUCCGGUGGGACGACGAGACCGUGCGGCACGCGGACGGGGCCGGCGAGACCGAGGUGUGGCGGAUCGGCGCGGGUGGCGCUGUGACGGCGCUGAGCACGCCGGAGGGAGAGAGGGACGAGAUGUUCACGAAGCUCAAGGGGCCGCUGGGCGUCUUCGGUGGGAGGUCCUGA